UUUAUAGUUCAUGCCAGUCCGUGGCAACAGACAACCGCACUAGAGAUUGGCAGAAUUUCUGCAAAUUAGAUUUUCUUUAUAAUUCAGCGUUAUUUUAUAAGCCUCAAACAUCGGGUAAUGUCAAACACUCUAUUGGAUUUAAUUAUUAUUUCAAAUUAAAAUAAUAUCUGUGUAAUUAGUGCUAGAAUUUUGUGUAAAGAAGCAAAAAAUAUUGUGUCACCAAUGAUGGCGGUACCCUCAGCCGGUGUAGUUGUUCCUAGAAACUUUCGUUUAUUAGAAGAACUUGAACAGGGUCAAAAAGGUGUGGGUGACGGCACGAUAAGUUGGGGCUUAGAAAAUGACGAUGACAUGACCCUCACGCAUUGGACUGGGAUGAUUAUAGGACCACCCAGAACUCCUUAUGAAAAUAGAAUGUACAGUUUGAAAAUCGAUUGUGGAGUAAAUUAUCCAGAUGAUGCACCUAGUGUAAGAUUUUUGAGCAGAAUUAAUAUGAAUUGCAUCAAUAGUACUACUGGAGCGGUGGAUAAUCGUAGUGUUCCUGUUUUGGCAAAAUGGCAACGGGAAUAUACGAUCAAGACUGUUCUCCAGGAACUCCGUCGUCUUAUGACCCUCAAGGAAAACAUGAAACUUUCUCAGCCGCCCGAGGGCAGCACCUUUUAGCCUAACCAUGAACCUCUUUCUUCCUAGUUUGAGGAACAACAAACUUAUUAAGGUACCAAAUAAUAUUGCACUGGUGCCCGGAGAUGAUGUACGUUAAGGAAAUACUCACCUUUGCGAGUAAUAAAAAAAAAAAAAAUAAAAAAAAAGGUGGGACACACACACAUACACUGCUUGGAAGGUCGAAUCUGUACUUUUUCCUUUAAUUCAGGGAAAUUUUCUGAUUAAUUGAAAAAAAUAGUUUUCCAACACGGCCUGGUUCUACUAAUUCGUUACUUUCGCUUUAAAGGGGUUUUUUUAAUUAUUACUUUUUUUUUAUUGAAUUUUCUGCACGUUAACAUAAAAAAAAAAAUGAAUGCAAAUUUCUAUGAUCUGAUGAUACUUUACAAAGGAGAUGAAAAUACUGGUUCGACUUAACAAGAAAUUGAUAUAUCUAGUUAUAAAAAUCAUAUUUUCAAUUUUUGAAAAACUUGAAAAAAUAAUACGAACAAUAAUUAUGAAAAAAAAGAAAGAAGCAAUUUUUUUUUCAAACUGGAACUUUUGUCAUCUGUGUUGUAUUCCAAUUAAUUGUAGGAGCAUUCUGUAAAAAAAAAAAAUUCUAUAUCUUGACUCGUUCUUGGUAUAUUUCAAAAUUAUAUUUCGUACAAUAUUCAAAUUGAUCUUUUAUUCUUUAAAUUCUGAGUCAUUGUCCUUGGGGUCGUAGAGAAAAAGAAUCGAUUGAAAUCCAAAAAAAAAGGCUUUUUCUCUAUCAAAAAGAAAAAUUAAAUUUUUUUAGAAUGAAUUUUUCCCCUCCUUUUCUUUUUUAAUAAAAGAUUAGCUUUAUCGAAAAAAUGUAAUCAUUUUUUUUUAUCUUGUGGUUUCAUAUAUUAUAAUCAUACCCAACCAACGACACAUCAAUAGCGAAGCAUUUCAUAGCUUUUUUUUCCAUUCCAUUUUUCUAUAUCUUGUUUUAUCACUUUUUUUAUGUUCCAUUUUUUAAAUAGUCGAAUUAAGUUAUUUUUUAUGCUUCAUAAUUGACGUAUCGAUGGCACUAGAUUUAUAUAUAUUUAGCAAGAUAACAAACCUACACAAGUAGCUUUGUAAACGUCGUAAAGCGAUUGUUACCUGUAAACGCUCGUGUUAGUAACGCGACCCAAAAAAAAAUGAAUUUAUGUAAGUUAACAAUUAUUCCAAUGAAAAGCAGUGCAAGGGCGAAGUUCCAAUUUUAUGUUACACUUUAGCUAAAAGAAAAAAAAAAGAAAAUUAUAAUCGAAUAAAUUAUUUAAAAGACA